UUGAUGGAAAGCAGAUUUAGAUAUAUCAGUUGGAGGAAGUAAACCUAGUUUCAGCCUGUAUAUGUACUUUAUACUUUUGCAGAGACAACAUAUUCCUCUUUUGCUAGACCUUUGAGUCUUUGUAUGACUAAAUCCAAUUGCUGUCCCUAUCAGUUGGCUUCCUACAAGUAUUCCAUGGUUACUUGGCUACCUAGGUUUGUUGCCAUGCUUUCCAUUCUAGGCCAUCUAAAAAAAAGUCAUACUAUAUUAACGAACAUGUACAUACAACAGAAAAAGUUUAUGGUCCACUAUCCUCUUUUGUAAAAAAAUUCUUCCUGUUUCUUGAUGUUCAAAGUGAGAUGCUAACAAGUAGGAGCAAUAUUCAGUGUUCAGCAGUCAACUCCAAAGGCCCUUUCCCUCUAGGCCCAUUCCCAAGACACAUCUGGAUCCACCACAACACUCCCCAGGACAGUUUGGAUAAAGCUUGCCAUGAGAUCUGGAAGAGAGUCCAAGGCCUCCCUGAGGAACUACAGCCCAAAUCUUCAUCACCUCUUCUGCAGGUUAGCUGUCACCCUAUCACCUCUUCAGAGGCUCUACAAGAAGACAGCAGUAGUACUCACAACAGUUCUCAAAAGGAAUCUUUGGAAACUAACAUUUGCAAAGAUGAAAUAUCUCAGCUGGUUGAGCAAGAAUAUUUGAGUCUUACCCAAGAGAAUGCAACAGAGAUAGAAAUGCAAAGAUCUGAAGAUGAGAAAGUGCCCCCUGUUGCUUCAGUUAAGGCCCCAAAUAGCAAGCAGCUACUCAUGCUUUCUGACGGGGACCAGGCUUCAGAUGAGAAGGAUACAAUGGAAAAUGUCUAUAGGGCACUCACUGGAAAUAAAAGAGAUGUGAAGUUGAAGUCUAUUUGUGAUGUCCAAUUGUCCACCAAGUCUACUGUCACAGGCAUUUUACUCCCUGCAAAAUUAAUCCAUAAGAAUAACAAAAGCACAGAAAGUGGAAACAAUACAAUGGCUUCCAACACUCAAAUUGCCAAGCUCUUGGCUCAGCUCCCACUCAAACGUGUUGAGGCUACCAAAACUCUGGACAGUAAAUUGGUGACGGAAGAAACCAAGCUCAUCAAGGAUCUAUUGCAAAACAAUGUUUUUGGAUCUGUGCCCCACAAAGACAGUAUCACACGGCCACCCGCAAUUAUGACAAUAACAGAAAGUCAAGGAUCAGGUCAAAAGAAGCAACUCCCAGUGUUUGCCAAGAUCUGCUCAAAAACUGAACCUGAACUUGUUGCUGAUGGACUCUGUCAAAAUCAUGCAACUUCAACAGUUAUCGAUAAGAACAACCUUAAAUACAGCGGGAAUGUGUUUACCCCACGAUUUCCAACAACUUCAACUACUACCUCAUUGAAGCAACCGAUGUGGCUGAGUUUGAAUUAUCCUCCACCUCCUGUUUUCCCCAAUCACUCAAGUUUCCCUCAGUAUCAGAGUUUGUAUCAGCAAAGGGCACGGAUCCCGUACCAGCAAACUUUACAUCCUCAACUGGGGUGCUAUUCCAGACAGGUAACUCCUUACAACCCACAGCAAAUCUUCCGCUCACCUUACACUCCUGUCCUCAGCUACAUCCCUUUGGUUCAACCUGGUUAUUCUUAUCAGCAAAGGAAUCCAACCAAAGCUUCUAGUAGUGUGCGUGAUCCGCCAGCAAUGGCAGGGGAUGGGCCUCAGUAUCCAUUUUCUGCUUCUUAUGGGUUCACAUCUACCACAGCUGCUCCUGUAAGGACAAAUCCGUAUUUCUCUUCUAAUGGAGGUGGUGGCAACAGUUAUUAGAACACUUAACAUUUUGUUUUAUUAGUUUUGUUAUUUUCUUGGAAAUAUGGACACUUUAGAAAUAUUUUUGAAAUUCUUAUAAUUGAACAUUUUGCUCCAAAGUUAAGGAAUUAAGAUCCAAAUCACAUGUGUAAUUUUAGGGCUAAAAGAUAGGCACCCAUCCAAAAGAGCAACAUUUUAUUUAGCAAGAAUGGAUAAACAUUUCAGCACUUUUUAAAAGAAGUAUUUUUUUUUUAAAGACAAGAUAUUUUUAAAGUUUUUUUUUUAAAUGACAAAUAUCUUUCCUGCUUAUAAGUUGAAAUUUUCUGUAAUAAAAGUGGCUGAUUAAAAAAACUAAAUCAACAAAAUGCUGUUGGUAACUUUUGGAUAGAACUGUAUCCAUCUGUUAUUUGAAAAACUGAAUCAAUUCAUUGGAUAUGAUUGCAUAUUGAGCUAAGCAAAAAUGCUCCUUAUUUCAUUUGAGUUUAAAGCACUGCACGAACCAUCUGCUAUGAUUUAUAAAUCAUGGUUCAAGGCUACAAAUGAACCCAGCCCAUUGUAAUAUAUUCAAUAAACUGUGUUGCAAUAUAUGAAUUCAAUCAA